CAAAGAUGGCGCGUCAGUCAGUCGUGGCACAGAGACGACUGACUGACUAAUUGACAGAUGAUUGAUGCCAUACAUAUGCACUACACUUGUGAGCACCUCAUCGUAGCCACCUCGUACUCCUGAGAUCUCCGUCGCCAUGAAUCGAGUACAUUCCUGGAUAGUUGUCUUUACCAUUGUCGCCUGCGUGGGGCUCCUGGAGGCCUCUAUCGGCGAGAGACCCUACAGGCCUGAAGGCGAUGAAAACGACAAAAGAGGACUCUUAGAAAAUACUUUGAAAAAAAGGCUGAAGUAUUUGUAUGGAAUUUCGCAAGCUGGUCCCAUCCAUUCAUUCCAAAGCAGUGGAACUGCAGGCUUAGGUAAUUCAAAAUGUGGCUGGCCGAUGACUUCGGUGACUUUCAACCAUCCCAUCCAGUCACCUAUAGACCUAAUCACAAAUAAGGCCGUGACUAUGAAUCUACCAACUUUAGGUAUCAUAAAAGGAAAUACAGAUGGAGUCCUGGCGAAACUGUACAAUUCUGGACAUACAGUGUACGUGUACAUAGAAGAAGAUUCAUUUUUCAGACCGCAUUUAAUAGGUGGACCCUUAAAGACAAAGUAUAUCUUUGAGCAAAUGCAUUUCCACUGGGGAAGCGAAGACAUUUGGGGAAGUGAACAUUUUAUCGACGGUGAGAGCUUCGCUGUAGAAAUCCAUGCUGUGCACUACAACAGUAAGUAUAACACUUAUACAAAUGCGUCAUCACAACCAGAUGGUUUGGCUGUUCUCACCAUUUUUGCUGAGGCUCACACUGCUGACAAUGAGAAGCUCAAUCCUCUGUACCAUCUGCUGCCCAACGUGACCAAGGCUAAGAGCUCGGUGGAGUUGCCCAGUUGGGAUGCCCUAAAGUGGGUUGCCAGCGCCUUGUCAACCAAUCACGAAUACUACACCUAUCCCGGCUCCCUUACCACUGAGCCAUACACGGAGAACGUCAUCUUCAUUCUUCUACCGAAACCCAUCACACUGUCUGUGACCCAGCUGAGUGCAUUUAGAGAUAUCCACGGAGACAAUGACCACCGUGUGACCGACAACAAGAGACAACUGCAGCCGCUGCACAAUCGCCCCAUCGUGCGCUCCUUUAACAUGGACUAGACCUCAAGAACCACUGAAAAAUAUCAUCGGAUACAAUGUACCGAUCUUAAUAAAAUCUAUGAAAUUAAAAAUGUACAAUUUU